AUGGAAAGAGUUGUUUGUUCAGCACCAGGUAAAGUUUUAGUAACAGGUGGAUACUUAGUAUUGGAUAAAAAAUAUGACGGUAUUGUUUUUACAAUUGAUUCAAGAUUUUACACAACAAUUGAAGGUUCAUUAAAACCAGAAUCAUCAUCAUCAUCACCAUCAAAUAAUAAAGAAACUUUAACAUCAAGUUUUGAAACAUUAGAAUAUCUUACAGAUAUAAAUGUAAUUUCACCACAAUUUCAUUCAAGCCAAACCUAUCAUAUCUAUUAUAAUAAGAGUAAUGAAAAUAAAUCCUAUCAAUUGAAACCAUUUGGAAAUGAAAACUAUAGAGAGAACAAAUAUGUUGAAAAUACAAUCAUUUAUUCACUCAUAACCUUAUCAGAAUAUAAAAAUCAAACUACUGAAUCUUUUAAUAAAUUAAUUUCUUCUUAUCAAUUAAUUUCAAUUACAAUCGUUGGUGAUAAUGGUUUUUAUUCUCAAAUUCCUCAAUUAAAAAAUAGAAAUUUAAGUAUUUCAUUUGAAUCAUUGAAAUCAUUACCAAAAUUCUUACCAGUUAUAGGAUCACUUGAAGAAUUACAAAAAACAGGAUUAGGAUCAUCAGCAGCAUUAGUUAGUAGUUUAACAGCAUCUUUAUUAUCAUUCUUUGGUGCAAUCGAUUUAGAGAAUCAAAAAGAUAAAACUGUAUUACAUAAUUUAGCACAAGUUGCACAUUGUAUUGCUCAAGGUAAAAUUGGUAGUGGUUUCGAUAUUAGUUCUGCUGUUUUUGGUAGUCAAGUUUAUAGAAGAUUUUCACCUGAAUUAAUUAAUGAUAUCUUAAAAUUAUAUGAUUCAAAAUUAUAUCCAAAUUCAAAAGAAUUAUUAAAAUGUAUUUCAGAAACUGAAUGGGAUAAUAAACAUUUAGAUAUGGGAUUACCAAGAGGAUUACAUUUAUUAUUAGCAGAUGUUAGUAUUGGUUCAAAUACACCAGUAAUGGUUAAAAAGAUAUUAGAAUGGAGAAAGAAUGAUCCAACCCUUGCAAAUGCAAUUUGGAAUCAAUUGGAUAUUGAAAAUACAAAUGUUAAACAUUGUUUCAUUAAAUUGAAUCAAUUAAGUAAAGAAAAUCAGUCACAAUAUGAUAAAGUUUUAAAUCAAUUCGGUAAUUUAUCACAAUCAAAUUGGGAAUCAUCAAUUCAAAAUAAUAAUAAUAAUAAUAAUAAUGACAAUGAUAAUAAUGAAGAUUCAUUAAUUUAUAAUAAUAUUGGUAAAACUUUAAUUACAAUUAGAGAAUCAUUUUUAAAGAUAAGAUCAUUAAUGAGAGAAAUGGGUAAAAUUGCUGAUGUACCAUUGGAACCAAUUGAACAAACUGAAUUGGCUGAUCAUACAAUGUCAAUCAAUGGUUGUAUUGCUGCUGGUGUACCUGGUGCUGGUGGUUUCGAUGCUUUAUUCGCUAUCGUUAUCACUAAUCAAGAUGAAAUUAAAAACUCUUGGAUGAAUUGGAAGAAAUGUCAAGUUUUACCUUUAGUUUUAAAUGAAAAUUCAACUGGUGUUGCAAUUGAUAUGUCUCAUAUUACUCCAAAAUUAUAA